AUGGAAGACCGGCCAGGGAACUUGAAAGUGGCACAGCAGAACUGGGAGAAGUGGGAGCAGGAAGUGGAGAGUGGGCAGGAGCUUGCCCAGGAGGGGGACGUAGUCUACUGGCGAGGGAACUUGAAAGUGGCACAGCAGAACUGGGAGAAGUGGGAGCAGGAAGUGGAGAGUGGGCAGGAGCUUGCCCAGGAGGGGGACGUAGUCUACUGGCGAGGUGCCAAGGGAGAGCCGUGGCAAGUUGCUGUGGUCUUGGCGGUGCAGGUUGUCUACGAACCUUCUAGUGGUCCACACGGCUGGAUUUACCUGCAGUCCCUGGUAAAAACACCAGAGACAGGUGUUUUCGACGCCGACGAAGAGGCAGAAAUGGACCAGGUCGAGCCAGUGAGUCUGGAUGGCGUUAAUUGGGCAUUUGCCUCCAAAGCAGAGGCGGUGGGAGCCCAAGCAUGGAAAGUGAGUCCACCUGAGCAACAGUACUACACUUUCGAGUAUGAUUUGGGUCUUUGGGCAUUUGGCGCUCUGCAGGUUAUCAAGGAUCGCAGAUCUGGGACCUUGAAAACGUGCAAAGCAGUAGAAAAAAUGCGACUUUUUGAUGUUCAACAAGUCGGUGAUCGGCUACGACGCUUGAAGGAUAUUCACCAUCCCAUGAUAUCAGGUGUCCUUGACAUUCUGGAAGACUCCCAGCACUUUUUCAUUAUCUCACCGCAUGCUGCUGGUGGUGAUGUUGGUGAUUGGCUUGACAGGUUGGCUGCUGACGAGGAAGUUCUUGAGGAGGAGACUUGUGCUCGUUACGUGGCGCAAGUUCUGUCAGCUUUGGUUCAUUGCCACUCUUGUGGUCUGUUCCAUGAUGACCUGCGUGCCAGCAGCGUGCUCCUUACUUCGAGGGAAGCGGAUGCUCGUGUUCUUGUGGGUGACGUGGGGGUGCUUGCUGCGAUGGGCAUAGGAUCCAAAGAUGGUCAUAUUGCCGAUUUGCGCAGCGUCGGGAUGCUUGCGCUAGCCAUGCUUUUGGGCUUGCCACCCAGCCAGGUGGAGGAGGAUUUGGAACGUCACCUCGUCAGCGGAGAGCUUUGGUCAACUCGCAGCCAAGAAGCUUUCGACUUCGUUCAAAUGCUACUGGAAGAGAACCCAGAAUUCACUGCAUCGUUGGCACUUUGCCAUCCCUGGCUUCGAAACGUGCUGCUCCGUCCGGGUUUGGCCGAUGAUCUUGCUCGAGAAGAUUCGCUACGGAGGCUGGCCUGCUAUCAGGUGGCCUUGCUACUGAUACCAGUUGAAAUGGCACAGCGGGAUCUCGAAAGGAUGCUGGCAGACUUCCAUCGGUUGGACAAGGAUGGCGAUGGGCUCCUAGCAUCGCGGCAGGGCAUGCAGCUGCUGCUUGCCCGUGGCGCUUGUCAGCAAAGCAGCGAGGUGGCCAUUGGGGUUGUGGACGUACGUGGCUGUGGUACGCUGGACUUUAGCGCAGUGGCCGCCGCAGCACUGAUGGUCAAUCUUCUGAAAGAUGGCUUGAUGAAGCACAGGGUGGAUGACAUCUGGUGUUGCUUGCAGAAAUCAUUCUUCCAGGUCUACAGCAGCGACAAGCUGUCAGCAGACCGUUCGUGUGUGCUGGAGAAGGUUUCGAACUCUGUAGGGGACCUUCUUGAAAACCAUGGGGCAGUGGAGUUUGAAGAGUUUCUUGAUGCUUUCGACGAUGACAUCUGCGAGGACUCACUCCUGCCGAAGCUCACCGAGUCAGCAGGCCAUGGCACUCCCUUGGCCCUGUUCGAAUUUGGCUUCCUAGCCGAGGCGGGGGCUGCAGACCAGACGAGCCAGACUCUUGGUUUUCUAGCUUCUACCGCACCUGUGGGCAACCAAUUCGACGACGGGAAGCUGUCCAUUGCUGAUCCGUGGCUCAUUGCCAGCAUGCUAUCGGUAGUCCUGUAUCCGCUGGACCAGGCAGGAGUAGUAUCCCAAGCAAGUGGAGAGCAUGCCAACGUUUUUGUUCUCCUCUUCACGGACGACAUCUUUCGAGGACUUGCAAGUCAGUUGCAAGCUACUGGCUUCUCAUACUUUGUUUAUUUUGGUGCUUACACCUCUUUGAAGAUACGUUUCCGAACGCCUCAGUUGCCACAAAGCUUGGCAGACCUGUUUGCAGCCAGCCUUGCUGGAAUGCUGGGCGUUAUGCUGGCUAACCCUCUCUGGGUGGCAACAACACGUUUGAAGAUUGGGAAGGCCACCGGUGCUGGCUUGUGGGAGGAGAUAGCUGUCAUUUGCGUUGAGGAAGGCCCUGGAGCUUUGUGGAACGGAGUGUCUUCUUCAAUGCUGUUGGUUGCAAAUCCUGCCAUCCAGUUUGUGAUGUACGACCUGCUGAAGCGGAACUUUUGCAAACAGCCAACGCCUUCAGCAUUGGAGGCCUUUGUCGCUGGUGCCGUAGCCAAAUCCUUUGCCACUGGUACAACCUAUCCCUUGCAAGUGGCACAGACUCGACAGCGCAUCCGCCACACCAACGGAGCUUCCAUGGGCAUUCUGGACUGUUUGUUGGAAGUGAUUGUCGUCAGCGGUUUCACUGCUUUAUAUGCUGGGAUCGAAGCGAAGCUGUUGCAGACAGUGUUGAACUCUGCCCUUAUGUUCAUGUUCUUCGAAAAACUUCUGGCAUCUUUGGACCACCUAAGCGCGUGGAGGCAACGGCGGCUGAAACGGGGCUCGAGGAUCGGCCAUUCAAAUUGA